AUGGUAGCUGCCACAUUCGUGAUGUCGUCCCUUUCUUUAAGCACAGCCAGCAGAGCGAAACAAGUGCUGGCAAUUGGUCUCGGCGGUGGAAGCUUUAAUAUGGGGCUACAUAAAAUAAACCCCGAUGUAAUGGCUCUCAGUACAGUUAAUAUAACAGCUGUCGAAAUAGAACCAGUAGUGGUGCAGUUAGCAACGAAAUGGUUCGGAGUCGUCAACUCGAAAACUCACCACACAGUUGUGCAGGACGGUGUGAAGUUUCUCGAAGAUGCUUAUGCUGGAGGUGCUGAAAUCAUUUUGACACGUUCCGUCCCUCUAUCCCUCGGUCAUGAAGGGGUAGGGUCUGUUUCCACGAUUUCGGGUUAG